AUGAAGGCGCUCGGUUCGAUCGCCCAAGGCGUGUCGUUGGAGCACCAGACGAAGAUUCGCUCGGUGACCUCGGCGAUUCAAGCGUGGGGGACUCUGCGGGAGUUCUACAACCGGAACACGAUGCACAAUCGUGUGAUGAUGACUCACCGACUCCAUGAGUUCAAGAUAGAGAAAGGGGCGACGAUGGCGAAGCACCUCGACAAAUUCGACGAGCUCGUCGAGCUCGUCGUGGGUCUCCAAUCGCUCGGCGAACCACUGGACGAUGCCCGUCAGUUGGUUAUAUUGCUGAGCCGCCUGCUCAGCGAGUUCGAGCUGAUCUCGUCAAUCAUCGAGAACAUUAAGGACGUCACGCUGAUCGAGGUGAAAAAGAAGUUGCUGAAGGAGUACGAGCGACUGGAAAAGAAGAAAACGUCGGAGCGUGCGUUGAAGGUCACCUCGGAUGAUGGCAGGGGCAAGAACGGCAAGUCUGGCAAACGCGGCAGAAACAACGACCGCAAGGGCAACGGCGCGAAGAAUAAUGGCGGGCUCCAAUACAAGUGUUUUAGUUGUGACCAGGUCGGACACAUGAAGCGGGACUGCCCGAACAAGGUCGACGGCAGUGACGAUGGGGCAGUGUUCGCGGUCAGCGAAUUAAGUCCGGUGAAUGGGUCAGUAGACUCAGUGAUCACCAGUGCAUGGCUGAUACUGCACUCGCUAUUGGCAAGGAUCGAUUGCCGAGCUGGCUGA